CUCCUCCUCCUCCACCACCCCCCACCUCGAAAGAUCCCAAUUGCGCCUACACGUUGUCUUCCCUUACACUCGACUUGACCAAAAGGAAAGGGUCGGCCUGUUCAAGAGGGAAAAGACAAAAGGACGCGACUUCCAGGAUCUCUUCUCCCUCUUCCCAAACCCCCCUCCCGCUGCUGCCUUUCCCGACUCUCCAUCUCAUCAUCCUCUCUUCCAACAUUGCCUCUUUCUCCAGCUGAACCUAACGUGUACUCUUCGACAUCUCAUCUUGGCUCUUGAUCAUCCAACCCCAUCUGAUCUCAAUCAUCGCCAGUUGACAGAUCAUCGGAGGAUUCGACCUUCUGUGCAGCAAAUCCUCUCGUGGUGAUUCCCACUUCACGAGUCUCCAUCAUCCGCUGAUUCGCCUUCCAAGAUUGGACGUGUCGAUUCUUAGCGCCUGGUGGCCCAACGCUUGCAAUCACAACUAGUCUCACUGCAUGACAGCCUGAGGCUACUGACUUGGCCUUUCUCUACCGUGGUCUAUCAUUGGUUCAACGCGAAUUCCCUUCACUCCUCCUCGUCUCACCUUUUUCCGUUGGACGUUGCCGUCGGCUGUGUUGUCCCCGCUGCCACCGUUGCUGUCGCGCCCUCCACAUUGUUUAUCGACGCGUCAUAUGGUCCCUCUUGGUGACUGGUGACGCCCUAGCCUCGUUCCCGACUCUCUAGACUAUGGGAUCGACGCGUCCUGCGCUCGGCGCACACGCUUAUCCUUCGGCAUUGGGCCCUUCUGCCCAAGCCUCGAUCAAGUCACAGCCCCAUUUUCACCCCUCACCGCUACCACUCCAGCCUAUGACUGAAAACCCAUUGCUCCCAUCUGCUGGCACGCACAGGCCAUCACCGACCAAAGGAUUGUCCACCCAGGGCUCACAUCCCGGGCGAAAACUUGGUUUCGUUCCUAUCACCGCCCCAAACCCUCCCAUGUUUACCACCGACUCCCCAAUCAAGAAACCGCCCUUCCCUGUCUACACCCAGUCCUCGAUGCCACCGCAAUCGGCCCUCUUCACCACCUUUCCCAGCGUCAACCCGGAGGCCCCCAAGGAGAACUACCUAUCCGAGGACUCGGCUAACGGCAGCUUUGCCGACUUCCCCGAACCGUCCUAUGAAUCCAAGGUCCCCGUGAAGCGCACCCUCAUGGAAGCCGCUCCUCUGAAGGAGCGCCCGGUCAAGAAGCAAAAGUGCGAAGACGCGCCUAUUCAACAACUGCCCGAGCCCCAUCAAAUGCCGACGAUCGAAGAUGACGGCACAAAGCCGCCGUACAGCUACGCGACUUUGAUCGGCAUGUCCAUCUUGCGCGCGCCCAACCGACGAUUGACCCUGGCUCAGAUCUACAAGUGGAUUUCCGACACGUUCUCGUAUUACAAGAACAGCGACGCCGGCUGGCAGAACAGUAUUCGACACAACCUCAGUCUUAACAAAGCCUUUAUCAAGCAAGAGCGGCCCAAGGAUGACCCCGGCAAGGGUAACUACUGGGCUAUCGAGCCCGGUAUGGAGGCGCAGUUCCUCAAGGACAAGCAAGUGCGACGCGCUACGAUGUCGAGUCUUCCUCUUCCCGCCGUUGCGCAGAGAGAAAUCGUUCCACAACCGCCAAGCGUGACCACCACAACGUGGAUGGUGCCACCUCCGCCUACGCGACAGCCUCCCCCACCCAAGGUCCCGGCUCGAAACGAAGACCUUUCUUCGGACGCGACACUUCCAGCGUCCGACCCAGCAUUGCAGGAUGACGACGAAGCUCCUCGCCCCGUGUUGCAACGCGCCGCGCCGGUUCGCUCUUCGCCGCUGCAGACCAUUCGAUCCUCUCCUCCUAUUCCCCCUCCUCGGUUUUCUCGCCCUGGUACUCCUCCUACUCCAACUCACCAGGCCGGCCCUACUCCCGCUCAGCGCCCGCGGAAGCGCAAGUCCAUUUCGAUGAAUGAUAGUGGUUACUUCUCGUCAUUGGAGUCGUCCGCGUUGCGGCCCAACAAGGCAGGUCAUAUUCUGACCUCCGAUUUGGACAUUGAGCCCCCACGCAUCAAGCGCGGCCGUGCCGAGGAGGAGAUUGCGCGUAUUCGCAGCUCUUCUCACGAUAUCAGCCCCGGCCAGCCCGCUCCGCGAAAAGAUAGCCGGACUUUGGUUGGCUCGUCCCCUCUUCGAGGCGAGUACGUGAGCAUGCUUCCGCCUCCCUUGACACCCAUUAUCAAGUUCAAGAAGCCGGCCAAGCCUCCGCCAUCGGUGUCGCCGAAUACCAACCUCCGCAAUCAUCGUCGCAAGAUCCAGCAAAUGGUCAACUCGCCUAUCAAGCACCUGGGUAUCGCUGAUGAUGAACUGCCAUGGAGUCCUGCCUUCAAUCUUCAUGAGGAGAAUUUGACUCCGGCAGAUCACUUCCACGCUACCUUUGAUGUCUUUGCUGAUGCCAGCGCAGACGCGUGCAUUUCCUCUGCUGCGUUCGGUUCUCCCGAGAAGCGCUCAGUGAAGCGUGCACGUAUCGAUUCUGGAAGCCGUGCACUUCUCGACAUUAGCAACUCGUCUAUCAACAGCCGGCUGAGCAUGCCCUCGCUCACCCGCUCCAAGUCGUCUAUCUUCCCCGAGUCGCCGUCUAAGGUGGCGGACGGAGCUCGCCUUGGCGAUACCAGCCAGGAUGACUUUUUCUCUUUCCACCUCUUUGACGAAACCAGUGACAGCCCCACCGAGGUGGACGGUGUUGAUCUGUUGCAAGGAUUCCAGAAGAUUGGCGGUUCCAACAAAGAUGACUUUUUGAAACCCAAGCUUCAUUCGCGGCCUCAUUUGAGCAAUCGCAGCAACUCUACCAUGUUCUGAGAACUCCUCUUUUUUUUUUUUUUGCGUUAUCUCGCCCGCUCUGUCCGUUUUCUCUCACCUUCUUUCGCUCUCGGGCAGGAACUGAAGCCCGGUUUGAUUCCCCCUCAUGUCGUCUGUGUUUUGAUUUGACAAAAUUGGUGUUUGAGCUGUUUUAUGGUGUUUAAUACGUUCCCGUCCUUGCUGGGCUAACCCUUGUGUCUUAUUACUGCACUUGUUGUGACCCUCUUACCAUAUUGGCAUGCUUUUGGGGAUUGUUUUUCUGUCGCCCCCUCCUGUUUGCGUUCUGAGUUUGAUGGAGUUAUAAAGAUGGACUUUGGGACAACUGCCAGGCUUCGAUAGCACGUGGCGGUUUGUUCUUUUUCUGGGAGUUUCUCGAGGCUGCGCCGAGACGCGCCGGCUCUGACUUGUUAUUGUUUCUUGUCCUUUUUUUUUUUUUUUUCUUU